GUCACGGGACAGAGCAGUCGGUGACAGCACCGAGGGCCCCCGCCCCGCGCCCAUGGCCGAGCCGGACCCCUCUGACCCUCUGGAGACCCAGGCAGGGAAGGUGCAGGAGGCUCAGGACUCAGAUUCAGACACUGAGGGAGGAGCGGCUGGCGGAGAGGCCGAGAUGGACUUCCUGCGGCAUUUCUUCUCCCAGACGCUGGGCCUGGGCACCCAGAAGGAGCGGCUGCUGGACGAGCUGACCCUGGAAGGGGUGACCCGCUACAUGCAGAGCGAGCGCUGUCGCAGGGUCAUCUGUUUGGUGGGAGCUGGGAUCUCCACGUCCGCGGGCAUCCCUGACUUCCGCUCCCCAUCCACGGGCCUCUACGCCAACCUGGAGAAAUACCGUCUUCCCUACCCGGAGGCCAUCUUUGAGAUUGGCUACUUCAAGAAACAUCCAGAGCCCUUCUUUGCUCUUGCCAAGGAACUCUACCCUGGACAGUUCAAGCCGACCGUCUGUCACUACUUCAUCCGCCUGCUGAAGGAGAAAGGGCUGCUUCUGCGCUGCUACACGCAGAACAUAGACACCCUGGAGCGGGUGGCGGGGCUGGAGCCCGAGGACCUGGUGGAGGCCCACGGCACCUUCUACACGUCACACUGCACCAGCGCCCUCUGCCGACGGGAGUACACGCUAAGCUGGAUGAAAGGUGAGACUGACCCUUUCCUGGGGAUGAUGAUGGGCCUGGGAGGAGGCAUGGACUUCGACUCCAAGAAGGCCUAUCGGGACGUGGCCUGGCUGGGUGACUGUGACCAGGGCUGCCUGGCCCUUGCUGACCUCCUUGGAUGGAAGGAGGAACUGGAGGACCUCGUCCGGAAGGAGCAUGCCAGCAUAGAUGCCCAGCAGGCGGGGUCGGGGAGCCCUAACCCCAACCCUUCAACUUCGCCCAGGAAGUCCCCACCUCCUGCCAAGGAGGAGGCCAGAACCUCGGAGGGAGAGAAACCCCAGUGACAGCCACGUCCCCCGGGGAAGGAUGCCCAGCAAAUCUGGGACAGCAGAGCCCCAGCCAGCCCUGGCCCCCUCUAACUUGCAGCUCUCAUCUGGGGAGCUCAGAACCUCGUCCCAGUCUCUUAACCACUUCCUCUCAAAACUGGGUUCCCAGCCCCCUGACCCUGGCAGAUCUCUAACACCUCCCAGGGGCCGAGGCCUGGGCAGUCCGGCUGUAACAGCCCGCGGUCUCUAACCACCCGCAGGGCCGAGGGUCAACCUCCCCUCAUCUCUAACUGCUCCCGGGCCAGGGCCGCCUCUAAACUCCUAACUAUUCCGCCCCGGGCCCCAGGGCUCCCAGGGCUCCCAUGCCCUCCACUGCUCCUCGGGGCCUGUGGCCAAGUAGGGCCAGUCCAACCUACCCUGGGCGGGCCCCUCAAACAUCACUCCCACUCAGUGGGGGGAGCUGAGCCUGAAGGCCUCCCUGGUCUGUGUCUCCGACGCCCGAAGCGGGUGCCGGUCCCCUUCCCUUGGGACCCACUUCCCAUGCGGGGAGGGGCAGAUAAUGUUGCU